AGGAACUGGUCAGGAGCGGACUGAAGGAAUCCACAAACUUUUCCUACAACUUUUUCUCUCACUCCCACCCUCCCCUCCGGCUCCGUCCUCGGGGGUGACAACUAAACCCCCCCCCACCCUCUCUCACCGAGGAGUUUCGGGGGUGAACUGUACUCGGAAAGAAGGAAACUUGGAGUCGGGAAAAGUUGUGGAGUGAUGCCCGACACACCGCAUCCCUCCCUCCAAAGUUCAGCUAAGGUGGCUAACGUUAGCUCUCCGGGAUGUGCAAGUUUGGGUGAAGUUUUGUGCCGCCGGCAGAGCGAGUCGUGACACGUCUUCCUCGCUGUAGCGGUGAGAAAGCCGCGCGGGACGCCGGAGGACCGCCUCAAACUGGAAGCUUUCAUCCCGGGACUGUUAUUCCAGCCGGGCCAGGUUCCACUACCAAGCUAAUCACUUUUAGCCUCCUGCUGCUGCUGCUGCUGCUAGCUGAUGCACAGCUAACCGCUGUCAGAGCCACACUGGUGGGGAAUAACACGGAACUCUGGUUAAAUACCGGCCACCUCUCACUUCCACCAUGAAAACACUGUGGAGGAACUUUUAUAGGCCUGCCUGCUGAGAUAAAUACUCUCACUUUAGUGGAUGAGAUGAUGCAUGGAGCAGCAGCCAUGAUGACCACUGCAGGAAAAUACAUCCAGAUGUGCACCGUGACAUCUGUGGCUGAGGAGAUCUGAUGACUUGGAGCUGAUUUGAAUCGUUUACAGACUAGUUGGAUGCGUGAAAACCACUCCAAGUGCCUCUUUAGAGUGUUUGAUGAGUUUUGGUCAUUGUUAUGACCAUUGCUCCUUGCUCCCAUCCUGAGGAUCCUCAUCCUGAAUGAAGAGGAGAGUGCAACGAUGAAGGUGACCGUGACCUUUGGCCAGACAGGUGUGGUGGUGCCCUGCAAGGAGGGAUGGACCGUGCGGGACCUCAUCCAGCAAGCCACUCAGAGAUACAGGAAACUGCUGGAACAGGAAGGAGAUUUCCUGGUUCGGACUCAUCAUGUGGAAUACUGUGACGGGGGGAUUUUGGACCCUGAUGAUAUCCUCAGCGAUCUGGUUGAAGACAAAGACAAGCUGAUGGCGGUGUAUGAGGAGCAGGAAGCCCAGCAGAGGGGCGUGGCCAACAACAGCCAAGCCUCAAGCCCCGACCUCUACCAAACAGAGCUCUCUGUUUUCCAGCCAAUCACAGGAGGGGAGAUCGAAGUCAAUUCGUCAGCCCUCAAGUCCGGUACACCCCUGCUGGUGAGGAGCAGCAGUGACUCGGCCCUCGGCCCGCCGCCAGCAGAGACUGAAUCCUCCUUCAAUGGAGACAACACACUCAUGGCAGCCAAUCCCGCUGUAGAGAAGCCAACGGGAGUGGAGCGACCCCAGGGCAAGCACACCUUUAAUGCCAGCUUGACCAGGACAGUGGAGAUCCUGGGAGAGGACAGUCCCCUGGGAAUCCACGUGGUUCCUUACUGCUCGUCACUCAGCGGACGGUCUCUGGGUCUCUAUAUCCGAGGAGUGGAGGAAGAGAGCCGCUCGAGAAAGGAGGGCUUGUUCCAAGAGGAUGAGUGCAUUGUUAAAAUCAACAACACCGAGCUUAUGGACAAGACGUUUAGUCAAGCGCAGGACGUGUUCCGCCAGGCCAUGCGCUCCCCCGUGGUGCGCCUGGAAGUCGUGCCCUCCUCCAACAGAGAGCGCUACGAGAAGAGUCUGAUUAGUCAGCUGUUUGGCGGCGGCGGAAGCGGCAGCCCCCGGACCGCCAAGACCAAAGAUCCACCUCCACCCAUCAAAGCCAAACCUGUGCUCAGACCUGCGGAGAGUCCGACCGCGGGUCUGGAAGUUGGCACGCCCAAAGGGAGGAGUGAGAGCCCCCUUCUGAAGAAGAGUCCUGCACUCAGUACUUUGGUGGCCAAUAAGAGAGGAGGACGGAGGCUGAGGAUCGACUUGAAGAAAGGUUCUGAGGGUCUUGGCUUUACUGUGGUAACCAGGGAUUCUUCAGUUCACGGUCCUGGACCCAUUCUAGUCAAAAACAUUCUGCCACGGGGGGCAGCUGUCAAAGAUGGACGCCUGCAGUCUGGAGACCGCAUCCUGGAGGUGAACGGCGUGGAUAUCACGGGCGUGGGCCAGGAGGAGCUGGUGUGUAUGCUGCGCAGCACGCGGCAGGGGGAAAGUGUGUGUCUGGUGGUCCUUCGUCAGGAGGACAUGUUCCUGCCCCGGGAGAUGAAGGACGAUGUAUCCCGUUUGCCGGCCCCCGUUCUGGAGAUGGGGAAAGAGCAGCUCAUGUUCGAGGUUCCCCUCAACGACACCGGCUCGGCGGGCCUUGGCAUCAGCCUCAAAGGGAACAAGUCCAGGGAGACCGGCGAGGAUCUGGGGAUCUUCAUCAAAUCCAUCAUCCACGGAGGAGCGGCGUACAAGGACGGCCGUCUGCACGUCAACGACCAGCUGGUGGCCGUGAACGGGGAGUCGCUGCUGGGACGCUCCAACCACGUGGCCAUGGAGACGCUCCGUCGCUCGAUGUCGCAGGAGGGGAACGUCCGAGGGAUGAUCCAGCUGGUGGUCCUCAGAGCUGUGAAGGAUCAACAGGGGGCGUCGCCCAACCGCUCAUUUGACAGCACCUCCGGGCCGCAGGGACUGAUGAGCGCCGUGAACGGUCAGACAGGAACCAUCGCUCAGCCCACUGACCUGAUUCACCCCUCCAUGGUGACCAACAGUAUCUAUGCGUUGAAUGUGACCAAUGGGAGUUCUUGCCACAUGGAUGAAGAGGAGGAAGGCGUGCUGUAUGGACACGACUCGGACUUCAGUAGCUCUUACCUCCAGGACAGGGAGAACUCCCACAUCCCGUGCCAGGCUCAGCCCCAGUCCCCCACCGGCGUCCAGACCCAGCGGCAGUUCCAGCACGUCAAGGCCUCCAAGAGCAUGGACCUGGGUACGACUCCGAACCAGCAUCACACUGUGGCAGAUGAGAGCAACGUUGGAUCGCUGGUUGGAAACGCUGCAGUGACACCGUCUCCCCCUGUAGAACUUGGACCGACCCUCGGCUUAAAGAAGUCCAGCUCGCUGGAGAGUCUCCAGACGGCCAUGUCGGAGGUUAACAGAAAGAGCGAGCUCCUCCCGUUCCACCGCCCCCGCCCAAAUAUGGUCAGAGGAAGAGGCUGCAACGAGAGCUUCCGCGCAGCUAUCGAUAAGUCCUACGAUGGACCGGCCGAAGAUGAUGAUGAUGAUUGUUCUGAGCCGAGUUCAGGUCGGGACACCCCCGCCAGUAGCUCGUCCCGCCAGGGAGUCGGCGACCAGACUGAGGAGAAAGGCAAAAAGGAGAAGAAAAAGAAAGCAAAAACAAAGAAGAAAGAAAAGAGCAAGCCCAAAGGGAAAGAAAAGGAGAAGAAGAAAGCGGAGGAGCCCGAGGAGACGGAAAAGAAGAGCAAGAAAAUAGGCUUUGGCCUGCUGAGAUUCGGGAAGAAAAAAGACGAGAAGAAGGAAGCCAAGGCGGCUCUACAGAGACAAAAGUCAGACAUCCUGAGCGACCAUGAGCUGGAGAGGAUGAAAGAAGACAGAGAGAGAAUUGAAGCAGGGCAUCCCGAGCUGCGCGAGCAGCGGCCCAGAGAGCCGCAGGUUGCCGGUGGCGGCCAGACUUAUCCGGAGUUUGAAGACGACGACGCGGAUCCCAACUACGCCCGCAUACAGUCCUUCAGGGAUCGAGACGUCGCUCCGAUGCCACAGCCUCCGUACAAUCCAAUCCAGCACGCCCGCACUCCUUCCCCUCAAGGCCCCCCGGGCAUCCAGGGACACGGAAAUCACGCAAACGAGCCGGCGGUCCUGCCCGACGACGACCCCCUCGACAGGCUCUACGCUAAAGUCAAUAAACCGCGAGGAGCUGGUACGACUUCUGCACCUGCUCCGCCUGCUAAUGACAGUAUGGACAGGAUCCAACAGCUGAGACGAGAGUACCAGCAGGCCCGGCGAGAGGGGAUGGUGCCACCGUAUGAAGAACUGGACUCACGACGCAGAGGCCCUGAAAACGACCCACACAGGCAGGUGCCGGGCAGAGGGACGGACCACCGCCUGACACCACGAUAUGAAGAGGUGGAGCGUCAGUACGCCUCCCUACCGAGACGAGGUCCUCUGGACCCAGCAGAUUAUCCCAUGCAGCCGUGGCCGGGUCACUACCCCGGACCACCCCAGGCCCAGCAGGGAUACCCUCAGUCCCCGGCCUACCCCACCUCUCAGCCCGGCCCGCCGUACUCCGGCUACCCGGGCGGACAGCCGUACCCGCGUCCAGGCGACCCCCGGGGCGUUGACCCCGGCUACUACCCCCACCCAAAUUCCCAGCAGAGAGGGCCCCUGCGGCAGGAUGUGCCCCCCUCUCCCACCCCUCCGCUGCGUGGUCUGCGGUACGACACUAUGACCCGCGGGACUGGAGGGGCAGGUUACAGGUAGAGGCAAUUUGUGGACGAAUUCAACUCCAGCCGCCAUGUGGAGUUCAGUUCAGACAAACCGGCACCAAACCAACCCACGACGGAAGAAUGCCACGAAUGCAGCUGUGUAGACAAAUAAGAUCCGGUGAAGAAAGAAAAAAAUCAAAAUAAUGCUGCUUCAUACGAUGCAGCUUUUCAGCUCUGAGUGCUCGGGAGAAACAGAGCUGAAAUCGCCUUCAUUCUCACGCUGUAUGUGCCGUUAGAAGGAUACGGUAAUACACAGACAAACCAGGUACAGCAGGUUAAUUACAGAACGGCCGCCGGCGUGACGCAGAACGUCACGCUGUUUAAAAAAGGUUUCCAUUGCUUUGAAAUUUGCCAGCAUUGAAAGUUAGCAGAGUUUCAGAGCUUUUCCACCAGACUGAUUGAAUCGGUCGAAGCCACAAAGGUAAUUGGAUCCAUUCGAAUCAGACUGCUUACAAUUCACACACAAUUCAGCUCCGCUCAAAAAGCCAAAAAUUCAGCACAUGCUAAACAUGUGGUUAUUCACUUUUUUGUUUUAGUUUUGUUAUGAUUCUGUCAUGAAACCAAAAUCUUUCUGGAGAUUGAAGCAGUUAGUUCCCAUCAGACCGCAUCCACAGAAUAACACAGAGCUCUCUGUGACGCUGUCCUGAUUUACAGAUAGGGAAAACGCCACUUUACCAAACUUGUGAAAGACUGAAGAAUCACAUGUUUCCUGUAGCCAGUGAAUUUUCACUGCAUGAAUCAUCUCUUUGUGUCGUGAUCAGUUU